UUCUAUUAUAUUUUAACUUGAUUAUUUAUUUUUAAUAAGGUUAAUGUUGCUGUUGCUGUUGUUACAACAACUGUAAAAGAGUUUAUUUUUAAUUUUUAAUUGGUUCGAUUAGUCGAACAAAAUAAAAAGCAAUUUUGGUUAAAUAAACUAAAAACCAAUUCAAGUAUAUACAAACUAAAAACUUGAAAAGGAAUAAACAGUUGGCUAAAGAGUUGACUACAAACUGUGCGCAAUGAAUGGUCGUGUAUAUCUAUAUAUUUCUAAGAACUUAAAAUGCAUAAGACAGUUCCCGUUAGCUUAUUUCGGACUAAUACUUCAUAUUAUUGACAUUGCGGGUGAUUAUUAUGUUGCCACACAGUACAUACUUUCCAAAAGGAAUGUAAAAAUGUACUUAGUUUACGGAAUAUUAACUAUCUUUUUCGCAAUUUUUCCAUCGUUUGUGAGUACUUUAAAAGUAAUUUUUUUUGGACGAUCAAACAGCAUAUAUAUGUUUCACAAACCAAAAUACUGUUGGCUUUUCUAUUUAAUUUUUCAAGGACGACUUGUGCUACUCAUUACCAAUAUAAAUUACUUAAAAGCAGCACAUAGUUCUUCGCCUAAACUACAAAAAGAAGAAAAACCCACUUCAAAAUGUGCCUCGUUUCAAGAAUGCCCAACUCCAUCUAGUAAAAAUGAAGAUGAAAAAAAUCAAGAAUAUGAAAAGUUAGCUGAUCUUGUAAAAAAUCUGGCACUAACUGAAUCUUUUAUUGGAAACCUCCCACAAUUAAUAAUUCAACUUUAUGUAACAACCGCUGUUCAACAUUUCACGACUAUAGCGCAAUUUUUGUUAAUCUUCGUUCAAAUGGGAAGUGCAACAAUUGCAUACUCUUUUCGGUUUAAAUGUAAAGUAAUUACAAAAGCGAUAUUAUUCUUUUUAGCGUUUUUGUUUUACUUCACAAGAAUUGUUACUUUGGUUGUUUGUGCAAAUGCUUGGGAAUACUUGCCGAUCCUUGUUUUGCUCCUGCAUUGGUUGGCAGUUUUGUCUGCACUGCAUUGUAUAAAUUUGUGGUGUUGUGAGAUGUAUGGAGGGGAACAAAUACAUAACAUACCAUUAUGUCAGAGAUUUCUACAUCGCUGGCAUAACGCAUGGAUUCCAACGGGUACAGGCUUUACUUUAUGUUUUGCUGCAUUGAUGGCAAUUGUAAACGCUUUUCUGAACUAUAUUUGUCCAAUUUUUACUCAAGAUAUUGAUCAAGUUGUUGAUUAUUCUUUCUUCAAAAAUGACAAGGUAAUGUUCGUAACACUUAAUUAUUGGAGUGCAGGAAUGAUAUCAAACCUAUGGAUAAUUGUUGGGGUUCCACAUGUAUUAUAUCUAUUGAUUCUCGCCGUGGGCAGAAUAUUCAAACUGGAAUUUUACUUGUUAAUUGAUAAUGACGAGUAUUCAAUAUUUGAGACUAAAUCUUAUUGAGACUUAUAAAGAGGUUAAAGGUUUUAAAAUGUUUUAAAUACUAAAUGUUUCUGAUUUGUUAAGACUUAAUUGUGAAAUAAU